UUUCCAUCGGCAGUCCUUAUCCUCCAGUCGCUCAUCAAUCAGCAAAGAUGAUGAGCAUAUUGGUGCCGUCUCAUUCGAGUUUGACCUUUGCUCCGACGAAGAGUCUCUCUAAUAAAUCAUUUUUUCACGGCGUUCGGAUCGCUCAUGUAUGCCCCGCGCCGUCCGGCGGAACAUUGCACUCCGCGUUUUCCUCUUAUGUGGUGCGCAUGGGUAAGAGGGAAGAUGAACUGAAGGACAUCAGAUUGAAAACUACCGAUGAAAUCAAUGAGGAGGUAGUGGACCUCAAGGGAGAGCUGCUAAUGCUUCGUUUUCAGAAGUCUGCUCGCAAUGAGCUCAAGUCCAGCGAUUUCGGCAUUAUGCGCAAAAGGAUUGCUAGAAUGCUAACUGUUAAGCGAGAGAGAGAGCUUGAGGAAGGGAUUAAUAAAAGGCUGUCAAGAAAGUUAGACAAGCAGUGGAAGAAAAGCAUUGUACCUAGACCUCCUCCAUCUCUAAAGAGACUACAAGAGGAGGAGGAGGCUGCAAAAGCCAAGGAAUCUGCAUGAGCUUAGAGAGACCUUUCUGUGUGUGAGUAAGAUGGCAUCUUCAUUGGUUUAUGUGUAGAUAGAGUAUUUCUAUGAACCAGUUGCUGCUAUUGUUGGUCCAAUUCCCAAAUAUAUGCUGUUGACCAGGAUGAAAGCUUUUCUCUUUUUUUCUUUGUUUCUAUUGGUCAUCAACUCGUUAGCGCAUCUGUAUCCUUGUAAUAUCUUAUCGAGUUACUCGAGUAUCUUUGGUUGUUGUAUGUUAAACUAAUGAUUCGUUUAUCAGCGAGUAAUGAUGUGGAUUGUGUUAAAUAUUCAGGGAUGACAGUGCCUAUAUGGUACAUCCGGGUGUACAUACACCCGGCCCAACUGAGGAAUGCAGCCCAAUAAUUGAUACAAGCCAAAAAAAUUCGGU